AUGGCGUCACUCUACAGACCCACCCAACAACUCGCUUCCAUUCAAGCAAUCCAAGACAUGUUCGUAUACAAGAGGGAUAAUCGUCGUGAACGUGUCGCAUUUGACAAGAUUACCGCCAGAAUCAACAAGCUUUGUUAUGGCCUUGAUAUGAACUAUGUCGAUCCUGUUGCCGUUACCCAAAAGGUUAUCUCUGGUGUAUACCAAGGGGUCACAACGGUUGAACUUGAUAAUCUGGCCGCUGAGACAGCUGCGUACAUGACAACCCGCCAUCCCGAUUAUGCCAUUCUUGCUGCUCGUAUUGCCAUUUCCAAUCUACACAAGGAAACCAAAAAGGUCUUUUCCCAAGUAGUGGAUGAUUUGCACAGCUAUGUCAACCCCAAGACCAACAAGCAUUCACCCAUGAUUUCGGACGCAACACACGCUAUCAUCAUGAAUCACGCUGAUCGACUCAAUUCUGCCAUCAUCUAUGAUCGUGAUUUUGGAUACAACUUUUUCGGUUUCAAGACAUUGGAGCGUUCUUAUUUGCUCAAAAUCAAUGGCAAGAUUGCUGAGCGCCCACAACACAUGUUGAUGCGUGUUGCUGUUGGUAUCCAUGGUGAAGACAUUGACGCUGCUAUUGAAACAUACAACCUCAUGUCCGAGCGUUACUUUACCCAUGCCAGCCCCACUCUUUUCAAUGCCGGCACACCUCGCCCACAAUUAUCAUCUUGCUUCUUGUUGACGAUGAAGGAAGAUUCCAUUGAAGGCAUUUAUGAGACACUCAAGAUUUGCUCUCAAAUUUCAAAGACGGCAGGUGGUAUUGGCCUCAACAUCCACAACAUUCGUGCAUCGGGUUCAUACAUUGCUGGCACCAACGGCUAUUCUAAUGGCAUUGUGCCCAUGUUACGUGUGUACAACAACACCGCUCGUUAUGUGGAUCAAGGUGGUAACAAGCGACCUGGUGCAUUUGCCAUCUAUCUUGAACCAUGGCACCCUGAUGUCUUUGACUUUUUGGAUUUACGCAAGAAUCAUGGCAAGGAAGAAAAUCGUGCACGUGAUUUGUUUUACGCCUUGUGGAUCCCAGAUUUGUUCAUGCAACGUGUCGAGGAAAAUGGUGAUUGGAGUUUGUUUUGUCCAAGCGAAGCUCCUGGUUUGCAUGAAGUUUGGGGCAAAGAAUUCGAGGAAUUAUACCACCGAUAUGAGCGAGAAGGUCGUGCACGUAAAGUUGUCAAGGCACAAAAGCUGUGGUAUGCCAUCUUGGAGGCUCAAACAGAAACGGGUGGUCCAUUCAUGCUAUACAAGGACUCUUGCAAUCGCAAAUCCAAUCAACAAAAUUUGGGUACUAUCAAAUGCAGCAAUCUAUGCACUGAAAUCGUUGAAUACUCAAGCCCUGACGAGGUGGCUGUGUGCAAUCUUGCAAGCAUUGCUUUGCCUUCGUUUGUUGUCAAUCGUGAAUAUUACGACUUUAAAAAGUUGCAUGAUGUAACCAAGGUUGUUACCAAGAACCUCAACAAGAUCAUUGAUAUCAAUUAUUACCCUGUGGUGGAAGCUGAGCGUUCCAAUCGUCGUCAUCGUCCUAUUGGUCUUGGUGUUCAGGGUCUGGCGGAUGCUUUCAUGUUGAUGCGUUAUCCAUUCGAUUCACCAGAAGCUAAAAAGCUCAAUACGCAAAUCUUUGAAACGAUCUAUCAUGCUGCAUUGGAAGCGUCAUGCGAACUUGCUGCUGUGGAUGGCACCUACGAGACGUAUAGUGGAUCGCCUGCUUCCAAAGGUCAACUUCAAUAUGAUUUGUGGGGAGUUACUCCAUCAAGUCUUUGGGAUUGGGCUGAGCUGAAGGAAAAGAUUGCAAAGAAUGGCCUUCGUAAUUCGCUUUUGGUGGCACCUAUGCCUACAGCCUCUACUUCACAAAUCCUUGGCUUCAACGAAUGCUUCGAACCUUAUACAUCCAACUUGUACACUCGACGUGUGAUCGCAGGUGAAUUCCAAAUCGUAAAUCCAUGGCUUUUGAAGGAUCUUGUGGAGAUGGGUCUUUGGAACGAUGACGUUAAAAACAUGAUCAUGUCGGACAAUGGCUCGAUUCAGCGUAUACCCAAUAUCCCAGCAGAGCUCAAGAAUCUCUACAAGACUGUAUGGGAACUUUCUCAACGUACCAUCAUUGAUAUGGCAGCCGAUCGUGGUGCUUACAUUGAUCAGAGUCAAAGUUUGAACAUCUUUAUUGGCGAGCCCAACUUUGGAAAGUUAACCAGCAUGCACUUUUACGGAUGGAAGAAGGGUCUCAAAACGGGCAUGUACUAUCUCCGCACACGUCCAGCUGUGGAUGCCAUCAAGUUUACGGUUGACCAGUUAUCACUUCGAGAGUAUCGCCAAAAGAAGGAGUCUCAAGAGGAUAACGAGGCUGCUAUGAUGUGCUCACUUGAGAAUAAGGAUGCCUGCGUCAGCUGCAGCGGCUAA